CAAGCCAUGUGAUCGGCUUUUGGUUUGGUUACUUCAAGUUUAACACGUGUAGUUGUCAAAAUAUUACUUUCUUACAUGUAUAUUUUGUAUCUUAUUCUGUCAUUAAUAUAUGGGGUACACAGUACUGUGUGUAAUUAUCAAGAACAUUAACCUCUUACGAGAUAGGUGACAAAAUGCAGAUGAAAUUGAAUUCACGACGCGGAACUGCAAAUAUUGAAGUAAUAGAUGUCGAUGAUUUAGUUCUUACAAGAAAAGGUGGAGGUAGUAUAAUUGAUCAACGGCCAGUAUUUUCUCACGAUGGAGAAAUAUUGUUCAUAGUAUGGAAACAUGUUAUAAGGGCUUAUAGUACCCAAACUGGAGACUUUGUAAAAGAGCUUGAGCCAGCAAAUCACAGAAUUGCAGGAUUAAUUGUACAUCCUGAAAAUCCUAAUUGGAUUAUUGCCUGUACAGAAAAUGGAGAACUAAAUUUUUGGAGUUGUCAAAGUGGCAUUAUCACAAAGAAAUUAAAAUUGAAAUUUCAAGAAGAUCCAAAAAUAAAAACAUUUCACAUUGUAAAUUAUAAAACUCACAAAGGAAAUGAAUUGCGGCAAGUACUUGUUACGUACAUUUCCAAAUGCAAUACAAAAAUUUACAUAGUUUUAUUCGAUAUAGAUAAUGGAGUUUGUACAAAGUCUACAUGUAUACAAACAAAUUCACAUGAAUAUUAUAUUGAUAUAAUUGGAAAUCAUGGAGACAAUUUAAUAGCUCUUCUUCAUGAUGUAGAUUUACAUAUAUUAAAUCCAUCAAGGAAUCUUAUUGAUAAAUUACAUAAAACAGGUAAAACAGGUAGAAUGCCAACAUGUAUAGCUGGACAUCCAGAAGAAGAAUGUGUUGCCACAGGAGAUACAACUGGUCGUGUGGUAGUAUGGAAGGGUUUAUAUCAAACAAGACCUUACACAGCUGUUUAUCACUGGCAUACACUACCUGUUACAGAAAUAAUAUUUAGUAAAUCAGGUGGUCACAUGUACACAGGAGGAGGAGAAUGUGUAUUAGUGAAAUGGGUUUUAGCAAAUCCACAUCACAAAUCAUUUCUUCCUCGAUUACCUGCACCAAUUAAACAUCUUACUAUUGCACCAGAUAAUUUAUAUGUUGCUGUAUCCACUUUAGAUAAUGGUAUUGUAGUAGUAAAUCCACAAAGAAAAUUGACAUCAGUUAUACAAAAUUUUACAUGGGGUGUGACUUUGUCUUCUAAAGAUUUAUUUCCUGCUGGUCUAAUUGUUGAUCCACGAACAAAUUGUUUAGUUUUAAAUAGUCGUACCGGGCAUGUUCAAUUUUAUAAUACACAUACGAAAAGUUUAUUAUAUAAUAUAAAUAUCACAGCACAAAAUUUUUUAACUCAAGAACGUAGUGUAAUUAUCGUAAACACAGAAGUUACAAAAAUAGCGUUAAAUUAUAACGGUACAUGGAUGGCAACUGUUGAAGAGCGAAACGAUAAAGUCUCUUGUAUAGAAGUAAGGCUGAAGUUUUGGAUGUAUGAUACUAAACAACAGUUAUUUGCACUGAACACAUCAAUCGAACUUCCUCACGAUGGCGGUGUUAAUGCUUUACAUUUCCAACCGAGCACAUUAUUUGAUGAAAAUGGAGCACUAGCAGUUACAACUGGCAUGGAUAGAAAAUUUAAAUUAUGGCACCUUGUAGAACCUUCAUCUAUAUACAAAAAGACGAAACACUGGCAAUGCCAUAGUAUAGGAGAUUAUAGAAAUUUGCCUGCAUCAGAUGCUGGUUUCUCAAUUGAUGGUUCAUUAAUUGGAAUUGGUUUUGAUUCUAGUGUGACAAUGUGGACACCUGAUACUUGUACAUUUAAAUGUAGUCUUACACAUAGUCAAUAUCAAUAUCCAGUGACACGAAUUGAAUUUGGGAAACAAGAAGCAUGUCAUCUUCUGGUAGCAGCUUCCGCGCAGCACAUAGCAGUAUGGAACAUUCUCUCGCUUACGUUAAUAUGGAGCGUACAUUUAAAAGUUGCUACUCUUACAGCAGAUCCAAAGUCGUCAUACAUGGCUGCUUUCACAACUGAUAACUCAUUAUUUAUAUUCGCACCCCAAAAGUCGACACCCGUUUAUACGAGACAAAAUGUUAUUGAAAAUAGUAGUUCCAUCUUAGCAGCUACUUUUGUACCACAUUUACAAGUAAAACGAGAUUCAUCGUACAGACUAUGGCAACGAAAAUCGCAACUCUUCUUUUUAGAUUCUAAUCAAGAAUUAUUCACAUUGGAACCCGAAUCCGAGGUGACUAUUUCCCUUGAAAUUUUGUCUACAAAUACUGUUCCCGCGACCGCUUUUGGUGGUUUAAUAGCAGCUAAAACUACUACGGAUAAGGAAACAGCUACCCCGUUUGUGCAUGAACAAUUAGGAGUAGCAGGAAAAGGAAUGGUGGAAGAAUUGCUCAGUGUCUCAGCCCAUACCUUACCGCCUAUGAAGAUGCUUUGUACAUCAUUCAUUACAUCUCUAUUAUCGUCAUCUGUGACUAAGAAUCAAUCGGUAGAUGAUAGAAUUGACAGGGAUGACGCAGUUCAGUCUGAUGAGGACUCAGCCGCGGAGAGCGAAGAAGAACUAUUACGACUGGAAAAGCGUGAAUCUUCGCCUGUGGUUGAAAUCGAUGAUGUCGAUGAAACUAAAGUGCAACUUGUCGAUCACAAUUGGUCUUUCCUGGCGACUAUACUUCCGGACCGAGAAGAAAUCGAGCUUGAUAAAUAA